GUGAAAACGGCAAAAGCAUCAACUUGUGUCGAUUUGCGCUUUGAAUUGGCUAGAGGUUCCGAGGUGGGAGUCAGCUUUUCUGUGGACUCAAAUACUUACCUUUGAACCAGAGUUCAUUUUCAGAACAUUUGCUGAUGAAUCUUGAAGCUGUGGUUUUAACCGAUUUGCGAUCUGGACUUGCUGAUAUUUGUGAAGAUGCAAAGCUGUUUCAUUCGACGAUCUUGUAUUUUCUCAUAGAUUAUGUGCCAACUCCCAAGAGCGACUGAUCUUUUCAGGCCAAAAAUUCAUUUGGCAGCUGCUCAUGCCAGACUGACAAAAUCCUCAAGACAGUCAAGUUCAGAUCUUUCAUCUGGGAUUGCCCUUUCUGAAAAAAAUCCUACUUGAGAUGGAACUGAUGUUGUCUCUUAUCAAAGAAGUGGAUAGGGAAGCUCUGGAUUUCUUGCUUCAUUAUUAUUGGAUGCUGGUCGACAAGGUCAGUAAUCACUCAAAUCUGGUGCUUUAUAAAUUGCUUGAUAUGUUUAAGAUUGUUAAAGUAGCUGUAUUCUUGUUGGAGCAAAUGAAGUAUAAGACCUGUUUGAACUUCCCUGCAAAACGACGAAUUUUAGGCCUUCAUGAGGGGCUGAAAUUCUGCAAAGGAUUUCUGUGGUCUGUCAAGAAGAUGAAUGGAUUGCUGUCUGGUUCUUUGAUUGAAAAGAUUAAGGAUGCGAAGGCAGAGGAGGCCGGAGCAAGGCCUCCCCAUGUUGCAAGGUCUUCAGUGUCUAAUUGGCCCAAGAAUGAUCAAUUUGGCAGCAGUGAUUUCUUCUUGGGAAACCUGGGGGAGCUUUUGGACUGCCGGGCUGAUCUAAAUGCUCAUAUGAACUGCGAAAUUAAGGUGCUCUUGAGGCAUUUUAAACCAGACUCAAUUACUAUUACUGACGUUGUGGUGAGGCUCAAUGAUCAACUGGAAUUAACAAUGAAGCAAAUUACCAGGGAAUCAUUGCAGAUAGAUACUGUUGGCAUGACCGGAUUUGGAAAAAUAAGUUUUAUUGAAUAAACACCGUCAUGGUCCUUCAGCAAAAUGUUGCUUCAUGGUUUAAUGAAAGGUCAUUCUAGAAUUCAGCUGCAAGCAUCAACUACUUGAGUUGAAUCCUGCUUCUUUUACCUUGGAGCAUUUCCAGAAGACAAAUGUUGUUAUGGAUUGUUGAAGGAUUCAUAUAAAAACGGUUUCAAAGCACUUAGAGGACAUUGCAGAAGACUAAUUGACAAAUCAAAUCGAUAGAUGCAUGGCACUAGUCGGCAGAAAGAUUUUAAGAGUGGUAGAAGCAUGUCCUAUAAAUGUGGAAUGCCAAAAUAAUGUUGCCAAAGCAAAAUCCAAACAUGAGGCCAAAACAUGUCGUCUUCAUGAUUCGAUACCUUAUGCAAUUACGGAUUGCUGAAAGGUUUAUCUGAAAAAUGAAAAUUGGCUCAAACUGCAUAGAAGAUAUUGCGGAAGAUUGAUUUGAUGCAUCUAAUUGGUAGAAAGUCUGGUAACCUUUGCUUAAAAAAUAUGCGAUAUUACUUAUCCAAAAAAAAGAAAGAUCCAAGGUGGGGUAAACAUAUGUGGUGUUCAUAAUGUGUUACAUGAUGUUGUUAUGGAUUGCUGAAGGAUUCGUACAAAAGAAGUGAUUUGGAAAGCUUUAAAUGUGUUGCAAAGGGUUACUUGAUGGAUAUAAUAGGUAGAAGCUUUGCAAUAGUUGCUUCCGAAAGAUCCAAGGGUGGGGUAAAAGCAUGUGGUGUAAUAAAUUGUUAUGUUAUUUGAUACUGCAAUUCAAAUUAUACAUAGCUUAUUGUGUUCAAGAUU